GGGGCCACCCACUGCCUAGCGCCCCCGCCCUGCGGGUGUCUCGCGCACGAUCCGUGCGUGUGAGUGUGUGGGUCUGCCUCGCGCCUAAAGUGCGUGCCCGCGCGCUCGCCUGGCGCUAUCCCCCUCCCCUCGCCCCCUCCGAGUCCUCCCACCGCACUCUGCUCCCUCCUUCCCAGCAAACGCCGCCCCUCCCGCUCUCUGGCUCCGGCUCUGGCGCCGCCGCAGCCGUUGCCGCCGGAAAGUUCAGGAGCCCUGGAAAGGACAAGGAAUAAGACGACAGGAGGAAGAGAGAGAGAGGGUAGAAUGGAAGAAUCUCACUUCAAUUCUAACCCGUACUUCUGGCCUUCCAUCCCCACGGUCUCAGGACAGAUUGAGAACACGAUGUUCAUCAACAAGAUGAAGGACCAGCUGUUGCCAGAGAAGGGCUGUGGGCUGGCUCCACCCCACUACCCCACCUUGCUGACAGUGCCUGCCUCGGUGUCCCUGCCCUCGGGCAUCAGCAUGGACACAGAGUCCAAGUCAGACCAGCUGACCCCACAUAGCCAGGCAUCCGUUACCCAGAAUAUCACGGUGGUCCCUGUGCCGUCGCCAGGACUGAUGACCGCUGGAGUCUCCUGUUCUCAGAGGUGGAGAAGAGAAGGGAGUCAAUCAAGGGGUCCCGGCUUGGUUAUCACAUCCCCCUCAGGCUCCCUCGUGACCACAGCCUCGUCAGCUCAGACCUUCCCCAUUUCGGCUCCCAUGAUUGUCUCAGCUCUUCCCCCUGGCUCACAAGCCCUGCAGGUGGUCCCUGACCUCUCUAAGAAGGUAGCAUCGACCCUAACAGAGGAAGGAGGCGGCGGCGGCGGCGGCGGUGGCGGCGGCGGCGGCACUGUGGCCGCUAAGCCCCCCCGGGGCCGAAAGAAGAAGCGGAUGCUGGAAUCGGGGCUUCCCGAGAUGAACGACCCUUACGUCCUCUCCCCCGAGGAUGACGAUGACCAUCAGAAAGACGGCAAGACCUACAGGUGCCGGAUGUGCUCCCUGACGUUCUACUCGAAGUCGGAGAUGCAGAUCCACUCCAAGUCACACACCGAGACCAAGCCCCACAAGUGCCCACACUGCUCCAAGACGUUCGCCAACAGCUCCUACCUGGCCCAGCACAUCCGUAUCCACUCGGGGGCCAAGCCCUACAGUUGUAACUUCUGUGAGAAGUCCUUCCGCCAGCUCUCUCACCUCCAGCAGCACACCCGGAUCCACUCCAAGAUGCACACCGAGACCAUCAAGCCCCACAAGUGCCCGCACUGCUCCAAGACCUUCGCCAACACCUCCUACCUGGCCCAGCACCUCCGUAUCCACUCGGGGGCCAAGCCCUACAACUGUUCCUACUGCCAGAAGGCCUUCCGCCAGCUCUCCCACCUCCAGCAGCACACACGAAUCCACACCGGGGAUAGGCCGUACAAAUGUGCACACCCGGGCUGCGAGAAAGCCUUCACACAGCUCUCCAACCUGCAGUCCCACAGGCGGCAGCACAACAAAGAUAAACCCUUCAAGUGCCACAACUGUCACCGGGCGUACACAGACGCAACCUCGUUGGAGGUGCACCUGUCCACGCACACAGUGAAGCAUGCCAAGGUGUACACCUGCACCAUCUGCAGCCGGGCGUACACGUCGGAAACGUACCUGAUGAAGCACAUGCGCAAACACAACCCUCCUGAUCUCCAGCAGCAGGUGCAGGCGGCGGCGGCGGCGGCGGCAGUGGCCCAGGCCCAGGCCCAGGCUCAAGCGCAGGCCCAAGCGCAGGCCCAGGCCCAGGCCUCCCAGGCUUCGCAACAGCCACAGCAGCAGCCGCCCCAGCCUCCGCACUUCCAGUCCCCGGGGGCGGCCCCCCAGGGCGGGGGUGGCGGGGACAGCAACCCCAAUCCCCCGCCCCAGUGCUCCUUCGACCUGACCCCCUAUAAGACGGCAGAGCACCACAAGGACAUCUGCCUCACCGUCACCACCAGCACCAUCCAGGUAGAGCACCUGGCCAGCUCGUAGAGACCUGUGCUGCCGUCCCCCGGGGAGAGGGGAAAGAGGCUCUGGUCCCUUCUUUCUCCAGCUCCUCUUGGUGGGAAAAGUCCUCUUCUUCCUUGACAGGCCACGGCUCCAUCUCCUUGGGCCUCAGGCAUGGCCUUCUCUCACAGGAUACCAUCCUUAUUGUCUCAGCUCCUCUUCCGAAGGAACGUCAGCCCUCCUGAAUGGCAGAGGAGUACUGAGCUGGUCGCGUAAUCCAGCAGCCUCCCGCCUAAGCGUAGCUUUUAACAUUGGGGGUUGGUGCUCAGGGGAGGGGUUUGCUAUGACCUCAUAGAGACUUUUCCAGCGUGGGCACUUACUCUCUCCUCACCCUCGUAAUCCUCCAAGCUCGGGCUGACAGAGGACUAGAGGCUGGCACUCCCAGACGGCACAGAGGAGGGAGCCCUAAAUGCAAGCAGCCUCCUGUUCUGUUCUUGCCUGCGAAAGAACAGAGGUUCCUCCCGUGCCCCUGUCCCUGGGAGCCGUUUUCUUCCCCUCAUGAUCUCACUUCACUUCCUACCUGAUGCUGGAGGGAGGUCUGGGGCGGGUCAGACCCCCUUUAUUUGUAAAGGGGCAAGGGCCGAGAUGUGGUCCCCAAGGGGCCGGAGAUACCCAAAAUGGCCAACGGUGGCUUAGAAGUGUGGGUUAUGGUUUUCCUUGGAGCCUCUCCCCUUCUCUGCCAGCCGAGGCCCUGUGCUCAGUCUCCCCGUUCCCAACCUAAGGAGCUGCGGGUUCUUUCUGAAACCCCACGAUAAGGGGGCUGCAGAGAAGGGAGAGUUCGGGGCAGAUGCAAGGACUGGACUUAGCUCCCUAGGUGCCGCGGUCAGUUGCCGGACACGGAUUUAUAUAUAAAUAUAUAUAUAUAAAUAUAUAUAUACCCACUCAUCACGGCCAUCUUUGUUGUAACCAUUUCUGUGUUUAUAAAUGCAUUAUCUCUGAGAAUUUUCAU